UUGAUACUGGGAGAGAGAGAGAGAGAAAGAAGCGUCGUUUUAAUAAUAAACCCUUGUUAUUGAGACUACGUUCUCGGGGACGAGACAGAUAUUUCCACCGUGUGAAACGAGUUGGUUGCUGGCCAUGUUUCUGUUGGGGAUUGACUACCUCUCGGCGCUGGCUACGGCUCUCGCCUCGUUGCUCUCGGCGCUGCUUCUACUCGCCGUGUCCCGGCAGCUGUGGACUCUCGCCUGGAACGUGACCAGAGACAGGGACAGCAAGUUGCCCCUUCCCAAAGGCUCCAUGGGCUGGCCGCUACUCGGAGAGACGCUGCACUGGAUGGUACAGGGUGCCAACUUCCACGCUUCCAGGAGAGAGAAAUAUGGGAACGUGUUCAAGACGCACCUGCUGGGCAGGCCGGUGAUCAGAGUGACGGGCGCGGAGAACGUCCGCAAGAUCUUGAUGGGCGAGCACAGUCUGGUGAGCGCCCAGUGGCCACUCAGCGCCAGGAUCCUGCUGGGCACCAACACGCUGGCCAACUCCAGCGGGGACCUGCACCGCCAAAGGAGGAGGAUGCUGGCCCGGGUGUUCAGCCACACCGCUCUGGACAGCUAUAUCCCCGGCACACAGCGGCUGGUCCGCUCCCGUGUACAGGCGUGGUGCCGGCAACGCGCCCCGCUCGCUGUCUACCCCGCCGCCAAGGCGCUGACUUUCUGCAUCGCCAUCCGCAUCCUGCUCGGCCUCCGGGCUGCGGACCACCAGCUAGACCAUCUCUCCAGUAUAUUCGAGCAACUGAUGGAAAAUAUCUUCUCGCUGCCUUUGGACAUUCCCUUCAGCGGCCUGCGUAAGGGCAUCAAAGCAAGGAACGCAUUGCACGACUACCUGGAAAAAGCGAUCACUGAAAAACUGCAACACAACGACCCCAGUGCCUGUCCCGAUGCGUUGGAUCUCAUGUUGACUGGAGCGAGGGAGAACGGGAAGGAGCCGAGUCUCCAAGAACUAAAGGAAUCUGCGGUGGAGUUGAUAUUCGCCGCUUUCUCCACCACGGCGAGUGCCAGCACCUCGCUGGUGUUACUCCUCCUGCAGCACUCGCAGGUGCUGGCUAAAGCCAGGCAGGAGCUGCGGCAACACGGCCUGAUCCGCAGCUGCCAGUGCGACCAGCUCCCCGAGCCCCGGGAUGUCGAGACCCGCCACGGACACGGCCCAAGUGAGGAGCAGGCGGGCGGGAUCUUCCACGGGAACCAGCGGCUUGUGGCCGGAGAGAAUGUGGCCAGGGACAGCAACGGCCUUCCUGCUCUGGACAACCCCGCCCGCAAUAAAGAACGGCCCCAAAUCCACACUGCCCAACAUCCCAGCUUCGCCCAGGGUAGCGAACACCUUCGGUCUCCCCCGUUUGGGAGCCAGGAAGCGGCGUGGCCCCAGGCGGCAGCGGCGGGGACUGGUGGUUGCGAGGACUGCCAGCGCUCUCUGAGUCUGGAAGUGUUGCUCCGUCUGCGCUAUCUCGACUGUGUCAUCAAAGAGGUGCUGAGACUGCUCCCCCCCGUAUCCGGAGGCUACAGGACAGCGCUGCAGACCUUUGAACUGAACGGUUGUCAAAUCCCCAAAGGCUGGAAUAUUAUAUACAGCAUUCGGGAUACACAAGAGACUGCCGCUGUCUACCUGAAUCCGGACAGAUUUGACCCUGAUCGCUUUGGACCCGAGCGAGAUGAGAGCAAAGCGGGCAGAUUUAAUUACCUGCCCUUUGGAGGUGGAGUUCGGAGCUGCAUCGGGAAAGAGCUGGCACGGGUCAUCCUGAAAACACUGGCGAUUGAAUUGAUCAGCAGUGCGCACUGGGAACUGGCUAGUGCCACCUACCCCAGCAUGCAGACCGUGCCCGUGGUACACCCAGUCGAUGGGCUGAAGGUUCGCUUUCGCCGCUUGAACGAUAAGGAAAAAUGCAACCCCGUCAAAGAAUAGCGGGGACAGUGUAUGGCAGGCAGGCUUGGUGGGCGAGUUAACUAGUGCCCAACUACUGUGGCAUCAGGAGUCGUGGGCAAAUCUAUGCCAAACGAUGUUGUCUUUCACAAACUGUAAGUGCGAGACGCCGUAUAGUAUGGACUGGCAUCAGAGCUCGGCUGAGGGGUCCACUGCCAACCAUUUCCUCGCAGCCAAAGAUCGAUAUCUGAUAGUCUCCAUAUCUAACUGUUCGCUGAACCUCACGUUGGUUUCUCUCGAUAAUUCACCAUUAUGUAAACGCGUUUGAACAGUGACCCCGUCGUAAGGCACAGUACUUAAUUUACGCACUUAUACAUGAGCUGCAAGCUCAUUUUCUGAGCGUGCAAGCUACGAACUGGAAGCUGGAGUAUCCCGACUUAUCUGUCGCGGAAUGACAUUAAAAUAUGGUCCUUCGGCGAGUUCCUACCGGAGGAAAGGCUAGGGAGAUCUCGGAUUUUGUCAUUUUGCCAUUUCCUUUUUAUUUCCAGAAUGUACUUCGUUUGAUUCUUCAAACGACAGAAAAGGGGGGCCAAAGGGAUUCAUGUAUAUUGUAAAUAAAAUAAAAUAUCAGUAGGAUUUUUUUUUCCACGCU